GCCGGAAGUUACAGAUGCAGCGAGCGGAAGUUUAUAGUUUAGCCUGUUAGCACGUUUAUCAAACAUUAACCUCCUCUGCACAGCUUCUCUACCGUUGAACAAACGAAGCCAUGUCGGAAAGAAAAGUAUUGAACAAAUACUACCCGCCGGAUUUCGAUCCAGCUAAAAUCCCCAAACUAAAACUCCCUAAAGAUCGACAGUAUGUGGUCAGAUUGAUGGCACCGUUUAAUAUGAGGUGUAAAACAUGUGGUGAGUACAUCUACAAGGGGAAAAAGUUCAACGCACGUAAAGAGACCGUUCAGAAUGAGCUUUACAUGGGGCUGCCAAUUUUCCGAUUCUACAUCAAGUGUACACGUUGUCUUGCGGAGAUUACUUUCAAGACUGAUCCCGAGAACACGGACUACGCCAUGGAGCACGGCGCCACCAGAAACUUCCAAGCAGAGAAGCUCAUCGAGGAGCAGGAGAAACGGGUCCAGCAGGAGAGAGAGGACGAGGAGUUGAACAACCCAAUGAAGGUGCUGGAAAACCGCACACGGGACUCCAAAAUGGAGAUGGAGGUGCUGGAAAACCUUCAGGAGCUGAAAGACUUGAACCAGAGGCAGGCUCAGGUGGACUUUGAGGGGAUGAUUGACCAGUACAGAGAGUUUGAGAAGAGGGAGCGAGUAAGAGAGAAGGAAGAGGACGAGAGAGAACUCAAGGAGAUGUUGGAGUGCGUGCAGGUGAAAAGACUGAAGGACCCAGAUUCAGAGGAGGAAGAGGAGAGCAGCAACAGGAAGCAGCUGAAGAGGUCCAUUCCUGAAAAUCCAACAGACAUCCUCACUGCCGACCAGCCAGCAGAGGCACAGGCGAAUGGAGGAGUCAAAAAGCCAAAAAUCGAGAGCUGGGAGCGUAGUGUGGGCUCCCUGGGGGCUGCUGGUGGUCUAGGAGCGCUUGUCAGAAAAAAGACAUCAUCUUCAUCACCAGCUACAGCCACCAAAGCCAGCGCUCCACUGGUUUCUCCUGUCAGCUCAUCACCAGCAGUGGUGAAGAAGACUCCCAGUCAUGACCCAGCACCUGCUCCCUCACAGAACGGGUCGUCCUCUCUCAGCCUGCUGGGCGCUUAUUCAGACAGUGACAGCAACGACAGCGAGUAGCGCUCAAGCACUGCUCAUGGACUCGAUCUGGUGUUGCACCUAUUUUGGCUCCUGGAAAUGCAUUUGUAGAUGUCAAAUUCAGGAUCUGUGUAGAGAGUUGUGGCACUGAAAUGUAAAGGUUUCUCCUGGUAUUUGUAUGAUACAAUUCAGGCAAACAUCAGUCCCUCUGUGUAGAGGGCAGGCUGUCUCCUCAGUUUGCUCCACAUUGUACACACCUCCAGUACUUUGAGUUGUGAAUGUCCUGAAUUCCAAUACUGUCAGGAAUAGCUUCAUCCCAAUAUCUGAGUAUCAUCCAGUGAUCAUGAAUUCAGCUCAUUAAAGUCAUUUUUUCUGUUUGUCAACUGUUGUUGUUACAUCAAAACAAGAGCUUCAAGAUGAGAGCGCAACCGUUUAUUGUGACCUUCUUUAGUGAUUUUUUUGAGUCGUCUGAAGCAGUGUUUUUUAACCUCUUUAUAAGCCGCGGCUCACUAUUUAUUUAUUCAAAGUCUGAAGCACACCACAAAA